UACUUUCGAUUCUUUAAAAAGUAUUGUUGAUUUGAUUUUAAUGUUCUUCAAAAAUGCCUAUUAUAAUUCAGCAAAAGUACAUAAAAUGGCAUGAAAAUGAAAAUAAAAUCAGUAUAACUGUUCCAGUACAAUCUCGCAUCGAUAUAAAUCCUUCUGUUUUUAUAUCGAGUAGAUAUUUAAAAAUAAGCUCGCCACCAUACCUGUGGGAAUGUUUCUUAGCCUCUUUCAUAGACACAGAAGAUAGCUUUGCCCGGAUAAUGAAUGAAACAAUAUCAUUUGAACUGAAAAAGAAAUUUUCAGGAUUGUGGAUGAAACUGAUAGAUGAUGAAGCCGGAAAUGAAGAAUAUCGAAAAUUAAAAAGAGACGAAGCUUUUCAAGAGCACCAAAAAUACUUAGAAAUUGCUUCCGAGACCAAAUGUAAAAAGCAACAAAAACUUCAAAGUGAAAGCAUCCGAAAACAGAUGUUGAGUGGUGAACUCUCAGGUUUCAGCCCAUAA